GAAUGUUGUUGUCGGGGCGGGCGGGGCCGCGCGGCAAAGAUGGAGGAGGGGCGGCGGCGCGCGCGCGGGGCGGGCAGCCGCCAGGGCUCCCGUUCCCCGCGGGCGCAGCCCUGGCGCUGACGGCAUCCCCGGAGCGCGGCCCCCCCGGCGCCCCCCGGCACCAUGGACCCCCAGAGUGAUGCAGAGGGGGGGUCCGGCCGCGAGCCCUCCCUGGAGCUCCUGCCCCACGCCCAGCUCCUGCCCGGCCCAGGGCCGGAGGGGCCGGGGCCGGAGCCGGGGCCGUGCCGGGGGCUGGACGCAGCGGCGCGGGAGCGGCAGCUGCAGCGGGAGCUCGUGGCCCUCAAGCAGCAGCAGCAGCUCCAGAAGCAGCUGCUCUUCGCCGAGUUCCAGAAGCAGCACGAGCACCUCACGCGCCAGCACGAGGUGCAGCUCCAGAAGCACCUCAAGCAGCAGGAGGCUCUGGCCGCGCGCCGGCAGCAGGAGCUGGAGCAGCAGCGGCAGCGGGAGCGGCAGGAGCUGGAGCAGCAGCGCCUGGAGCAGCUGCAGGCGCUGCGCAAGGACCGCGGCCGGGACAGCGCCAUCGCCAGCACGGAGGUGAAGCUGAAGCUGCAGGAGUUCCUGCUCAGCAAAACAAAGGAGCCGGGCACGGCCCCCCCCAACCAUUCCCUCCCCCAGCACCCCACUUGUUGGGCCCAUCACACGUCGUUGGACCAGAGCUCCCCCCCCCAGACGGGCAGUCCUGGGACCCCCCCGUCCUAUCGCCCCCCCCUGCUCGGAACAUACGAUUCCCGGGAUGACUUCCCGCUGCGCAAGACUGCAUCGGAGCCCAACCUGAAGGUCCGCUCCCGGCUGAAGCAGAAGGUGGCGGAGCGCCGGAGCAGCCCCUUGUUGCGGAGGAAGGACGGAGCCGUGCUCAGCGCCUGCAGGAAGAGAGCGGUGGAGAUCACGGUGUGCUCGGUGAGCAGCAGCAGCAGCGCCCCCGGCUCCGGGCCCAGCUCCCCCAACAGCUCCCACAGCGCCGAGAACGGGCUCACGGGCUCCGUGCCCAACAUCCCCGCGCAGCAGCUCCUGCCGCAGCCCCGGCCGCUGCCCCUCGAUGGUGUCCCCCAGCUCAGCCUCUACACGUCCCCGUCGCUGCCCAACAUCUCCCUGGGGCUGCCGGGGCCCGGCCCCCCCCUUUCUGUGGAGGCCGAGCGCGCAGGGGGGGUCCCUGCGCUGCGCCCCGCAGCCGCGCUGCCCGCACAGCUCCUGAGCUCCCCCUCGCUGCUGGGGGGGGCCCUGGACGGGGACCCCGCGCCCGGCCCCGCGUCCCUGCUGCAGCACGUGCUGCUGCUGGAGCAGGCGCGGCAGCAGAGCGGGCUCCUCGCCGUCCCGCUCCACGCUCGCGCCGCGCUGGCGCCCGGUGACCGCGCCGGCUCCGUGCGGGUGGUACCGAAGCUGCCGCGGCACCGGCCCCUCAGCCGCACGCAGUCGUCCCCAUUGCCCCAGAGCCCGCAGGCGCUGCCCCACGCGCUGCCCCAUGGCGCCCUCCAGCACCACUUCCUCGACAAGCAGCAGGUCCCACUCGGCAAGCUGCUGCCCAAGGCUGGGGAGCUCCCGCGGGCCCCCCCCACGCACCGCGAGGAGACGGAGGAGGAGCUGACGGAGCAGCAGUCGCCCCCCCCGCGGGACCGGGACCCCCCCCCCGCGCCCCCGCUCCCGGACCCCCCCCAGGACCCCGAGGAGCCGGGGGACAGCGGGGACGAGCCCGAGGGCCCCGAUGGCCCCGAGCUGGGGGGCACCUACCAGCAGGCGCUGCCCGAGGCGCCGCUGCCGCUGUUCCCGGGCUCCCCCCCGGCGCUGCUGGCGCUGCCGCACCCGGCGCUCGCCCGCACACACUCGUCCCCCCCCAGCGUCCGACCCCCCCCACCCGACGGGGGCCCCCAGCUCCGCUUCAGCACAGGGCUGGUGUACGACACCUUCAUGCUGAAGCACCAGUGCACGUGCGGCAACACCAACAUCCACCCGGAGCACGCCGGCCGCAUCCAGAGCAUCUGGUCCCGGCUGCAGGAGACGGGGCUGCUGGGCAAGUGCGAGCGCAUCCGGGGCAGGAAGGCGACGCUGGAGGAGAUCCAGACGGUGCACUCGGAGCAUCACACGCUGCUCUAUGGCACCAGCCCCCUCAACCGCCAGAAGCUCGACAGCAAGAAGCUGCUGGGUCCCAUCAGCCAGAAGACGUACGCGGUGCUGCCGUGCGGCGGCAUCGGGGUGGACAGUGACACGGUGUGGAACGAGCUGCACUCGCCCAGCGCCGUGCGCACGGCCGUGGGCUGCCUGCUGGAGCUCGCCUUCAAGGUGGCCGCCGGCGAGAUCCGGAACGGCUUCGCUGUCAUCCGCCCGCCCGGGCACCACGCUGAGGAGUCCGCGGCCAUGGGCUUCUGCUUCUUCAACUCAGUGGCCAUCUCAGCCAAGCUGCUGCAGCAGAAGCUCAGCGUGAGCAGGAUCCUCAUCGUGGACUGGGACAUCCACCACGGCAAUGGCACCCAGCAGGCGUUCUACAGCGACCCGGCCGUGCUCUACAUCUCCCUGCACCGCUACGACGACGGCAACUUCUUCCCGGGCAGCGGCGCCCCUGAGGAGGUGGGCAGCGGAAUGGGGGUGGGCUUCAACAUCAACAUCGCCUGGACCGGGGGUGUGGACCCCCCCAUUGGGGAUGUGGAGUAUCUCACUGCCUUCAGGACCGUGGUGAUGCCGGUGGCCAGUGAGUUCUCCCCGGACGUGGUGCUGGUCUCGGCCGGGUUCGACGCCGUCGAGGGGCACCUCUCCCCCCUCGGGGGUUACUCCGUCAGCGCCAAAUGCUUUGGGCACCUCACGAAGCAGCUGAUGAUGCUGGCGGGGGGGCGCGUGGUGCUGGCGCUCGAGGGGGGGCAUGACCUCACGGCCAUUUGUGACGCCUCUGAGGCCUGUGUGAGCGCCCUGCUCGGCAUGGAGCUGGAGCCGCUGGACCCGUCCCUGCUGCAGCAGAAGCCCAAUGUGAACGCGGUGGCCACGCUGGAGAAGGUCAUCGAGAUCCAGAGCCGGCACUGGGGCUCUCUGAAGCGCGGGGGGGCCCCGUGGCUCAGCGCUGGGGGGGACGCGGAGGCUGAAGCGCUCUCGGCCAUGGCCCAGCUCUCGGUGGGGGCAGAGCAUGGGAGCAGCGACCCCCGGCCCAGCAUUCCCGCCAUGCCCAGGCCAGCGGAGGAGCCGAUGGAGGCGGAGCCCGCGCUGUGACCGAGCCCGAAACCCCCCGAGAAUCCACAGAAACCACCUGGAAAACCCCAAAAAAAGACAAAAAAAAUGGGAAUUGGGCGGAAAAGUGGGAAAAAAAGAGGAAAAUAUUUUCUUUUUCUAUUAAAAAAGGCCGAAAAAGACAAAAAAAUCCCCCCCCCCUUCACCCCCCCCCCGCGGUCGCGUCGUGUCUCGGGUCGUCCCCCCCCAUCGUGUCUCCCCAUCGUGUCCCCGUGUGUCCGUCAGGUCCCAGCGCCCCCCCCCGGCUCCUCUCCUGCUUUGAGGGUUUUUCCCUUGUUUUCUCCCUCGUUCUCUCCCAUCCCGGGAGGAGCCGAUGGCAAUUUUGUGCCUUUCAUUCGAUCCGGUGGGUUUUGGUUUUAAUGCCUUAAAUUUCCUGGGAUGUGGGGGGGUUUCUCCAGCUCUUCCUUUAGUUUUCCUUUCCCGCCCGUGUCCCUGUCCCGUGGUCACCCUGGGAGGUGAUGGAUCCCGGGGAUGGGCGAUGGGUCCCUGGGGAUGAUGGGUGAUGGAUCCCUGGGGAUGGGCGAUGGGUCCCUGGGAUGAUGGGUGAUGGAUCCUGGGGAUGGGUGAUGGAUCCUGGCACCUUCCUUGGGAUAAACCUUUGUUCUUCAUGGAGAAAAGAAGGGAAAAAGCCCCCAGAGCAGGACUAUCCCGCUCGGUUUUCCCAUCACUUCCUGGCCCCGGAGCAAUUCCUGCCUCCCCCCCUCAAAGGAUAUAAUUUUAUUACAGAUAUAUUAUUUAAUAGUAUUUUUUUAACGGGAGGGGCCGGCGGGGGGGGUCCCCACAUUGGGGUGUGGAGAUGGGGGUCAAGGUAUCCCCCCCCAUCCCCAGCCCCAUGGGGGGGCUCUGGGCCUGUCCCCAUUCAAUGGGGGGGGCCCAGCGCCCCACAGCUCCUCUGGGGGGGGGGUUGGGGGCCGGCCCCCCGCAGCUUUGGGCUGGUGUCGUGUGUGUGUGUCCCCCGCGCCCCCCCCCGCUGUGGGUCUGGGCCCCUGUUUUGUACCAUGUCCCCAUGUUCGUCCUUGGAUAAAUAAACUUGGUUCUGGCAAUA